CGUCCUUUCAAACGUGGCGUCGUGGGCACUUUGCGCCUCGCCUGGGUUCAUGCUUACUAGAGAGUUUGUGGGAAGAGUGAAACCCAGUAUACACAGGAUACUAUGGCUGAGCACGGAGCGCACAUCACAACUGCUUCUGUGGCGGAUGACCAGCCAUCCAUCUUUGAGGUGGUAGCACAGGACAGUUUAAUGACAGCAGUGAGACCUGCUCUGCAGCAUGUGGUCAAGGUUCUUGCAGAAUCAAAUCCUGCCCAAUGUGGCUUCCUUUGGAGGUGGUUUGAUGAAAUCUUUACUCUGCUAGAUUUUCUGCUCCAGCAGCAUUAUUUGUCUAAAACCAGUGCCUCAUUUUCUGAGAACUUUUAUGGCUUAAAGCGGGUUAUAAUGGGGGACUCUCCCAGGUUGCAGAGACUGGCCAGUGCUGGCCUCCCCAAGAAACAGCUUUGGAAAUCAAUUGUGUUCCUGGUUCUUCUUCCCUAUCUGAAAGUGAAGCUAGAGAAGCUGGUCUCUAGCCUGAGAGAAGAGGAUGAAUAUUCCAUUCAUCCUCCUUCUUCCCACUGGAAACGAUUUUACAGAGCCUUUUUGGCAGCCUAUCCAUUUGUUAACAUGGCCUGGGAAGGCUGGUUUCUUGUACAACAACUUCGAUACAUCCUAGGAAAAGCUCAGCACCAUUCACCCCUGCUGAAACUGGCUGGAGUUCGGCUAGGUCGGCUGACAAUUCAGGAUAUAAGAGCUCUGGAGCAUGGACCAGCUGAACUCAGCACCAUGCAGCAACCAGCCAGGAGUGUUAGUGAGAAGAUAAAGUCAGCUCUGAGGAAAGCUGUGGGGGGUGUUGCCUUAUCCCUCUCUACUGGCCUUUCUGUUGGUGUAUUCUUCCUGCAGUUCCUUGAUUGGUGGUACUCAUCUGAAAAUCAAGAAACCAUCAAAUCACUGACUGCCCUGCCCACUCCACCACCACCUGUACACCUAGACUACAACUCUGACUCUCCCCUGUUACCCAAAAUGAAGACUGUGUGCCCUUUGUGCCGUAAAACCCGGGUGAACGAUACAGUUCUUGCCACCUCUGGUUAUGUGUUCUGUUAUCGCUGUGUGUUUAAUUAUGUGAGGAGUCACCAAGCUUGUCCCAUCACAGGUUAUCCAACAGAAGUACAACAUCUAAUUAAAUUAUACUCUCCUGAGAACUAAAGGGAUUGGCAUCUUAUCUCAUAACCUAAGUAUUGCACUAUAAGGCCACAGGGUUGUUUUUCAGCAUGGUACAUAGAGCACUGAUACUUCUCUUCCCCAGUUCAUUAACUGUAUUAAUUUUAAAUAACCAAAUGGAUUUCUUUAAAAAACAUACCUACUUGAUCUUAACCUUUUAGCCUGCUCUCUAGACCCCUUCUUACAGUUGACCAAGCCAGCUGAAGUAGGAAAAUCAAGAUUAUAGGGAAUGGGCUGAAGAUGUAGCUCAGUUGAUAGAGUGCUUGCCUCCCAAGCACAUAGACCCUGGGUUCAAUCCCCAGCACCGCCAAAAAAAAAAAUUAAUAAAUAAAUAAAUUAAUUAUAGGAGAUAUCAGGCCCAACAUAGAGAUGGACAAAAA